UCUGCCUGAAGGAAAAGAUCAUUUAGCAACAACAAUGAUUGUAAAGCAUGUGCUUUUCUCUGCUGGAGCUCAAGGUGUUUCUGUCAUUUUUUUGCUCCACUUACUUUUAACUGAGGCUACGGAGUUACCCAGCUGUAAAGAGUCUGACUACCAUUUUGAGUACACAGACUGUGACGUUUUGGGCUCUCGAUGGAGGGUGGCAAUUCCCAACAAACCAGAGACCUGCACCGGCCUGCCUGACCCAGUCAAAGGCACACAAUGCACGUUCACCUGUAAUGAAGGUGAAUUUCUGGACAUGAGGACUCAAGAAUGUCAGAAAUGUGCUGCAGGAACCUAUUCUCUCGGGACGGGUGUUGCUUUUGACGAGUGGGACAGUUUGCCCACCGGCUUCGUCACCCAUGGCAUCAACAUGAACUUUGGAGACACAUACACCAAUUGCUCAAACUCAACGUGGAUCCCGAAAGGUGACUAUAUUGCCUCAAACACAGAUGAGUGCACUUCAACUCUUUCAUACGCCGUGAGUCUGAAGAAGCCCGGCUCUGUGUCCUUCCAGUACAUCUAUCCAGACAACCACAUGUUUUUUGAGUUUUAUGUUCAGAAUGACCAGUGUCAGUCCACAGACUCUCAGAACCGCUGGAUGAGGAUUUCAGAGAGCGACUGGGAUUAUCAUUAUGUACCAUUGAGCACUGGUAACAAUGUCUUGUACUGGAGAACAACAGGUUUCUCUUUGGCUGCCAACACUGCCAAACCGGUUCUGCUCAAGAAUAUUGCCAUCUCAGGGGUCUCGUAUACAUCAGAGUGUUUUCACUGUAAGCCUGGUACUUACAGUGAUAAACCAGGAGCUGCCCGCUGUAUCCCGUGUGCUGCUAAUUCAUACUCUAAUAAAGGAGCCACUGCGUGUCAACCGUGUGAUGCGGACAAAUAUUCAGGUGUUGGAUCUGGAGCUUGUACACAGCGACCAGCCUGCAAAACCUCUGAUUACUUCUACACCCACACACCCUGUGAUUCCAGCGCUCAGACUCAACUGAUGUAUAAGUGGACUGAGCCCAAGAUCUGCAGUGAGAGUUUGGAGGGUGCAGUGAAGCUCCCGGCGUCAGGAGAGAUGAUGUCCUGUCCUCCAUGCAAUCCCGGCUUCUUCUCCACCAACAGCUCCACCUGUGAAGCCUGUCCACAUGGCUUCUACUCUAAUGGCACUGAAUGUUCUGAAUGUCCUGCUGGAACAGAGCCAGUUGUGGGUUUUGAGUACAAAUGGUGGAACAAGAUGCCCAGUAACAUGAGGAGUUCAGUCUUAAGCUCUGAAUACAGCAGCACAGACAGGAGCACAGGUUGGGAGGUUGCGGGCGAAUACAUAUACACCACACCAAGCGAUCAGGAUUCUGACUACAUGAUGCUGACGCUCACAGUACCAGGUUACAGCCUGCCUCAUUCCCUGCGUGAAGACAACGAGAGAGUCGAACUUUCCAGAAUAACAUUUGUGUUUGAAACCAAGUGUACAGCUGAUUGUAAACUCUAUUUCAUGGCAGGACAAAAUGAAAGGAAUAAUAUGGUUGUGGAGAGUUGGUCUGGCACUAUAGGAAAGCAGUCCUACUCCUGUCUUAUUAAAAGUAACAGCACAGUUAGCUUCAGCUGGGGGUUUCAGCAUACUGGAGCUUUCAACAGGAAAAAUGAAUACAGCUCUGACCUUGCUAAGAUCUACUCUGUUCACCUCACUAAUGUGAUUGGUGGCGUGGCUUCAGAAUGUCGCCAGUGCGCUCUGACUGGCGCUGACAGCGACUCCUGCGUCUCCUGCACUCCAGGACACUACAUGGUCAAUGGCACUGGGGUGUGCAGACACUGCCCCUCUAACACCAUCAUCCGACCCGAGCAGCCCAUCGGGAAGGAAGCCUGCAUUCCAUGUGGACCCAAUACAUACAGCAAUAAAGGCCGUUCUGCUUGUAUGAGCGACUGUACAUUAGCACUGGAUCAUAAAGGAGAAUCACUGUAUUAUGAUUUCUCUUCAAUGGGAAACGUCACUGGCUUUCAGAGCAGUCCGCGAUUUACCAGUAAAGGCCUGCAAUAUUUCCAUCAUUUUAACGUAGCUCUGUGUGGAGCAGAGAGCAGGACUGUAGCGUCCUGUGUGGAGAAUGUGACUGAAAGCAGGAGGGACGUGAAAGGAUAUAUCUGUCAGUCCACAGUAGUGCCUUCUGAGAUCAGGGGUCAAAGUGUUGUGUCCUCUCAGCCCUUCAGUAUUGGAGACAUUUUAAUCGGAGUGACUACUGAGGCCAAACUUGAUGACAUUUCAUCAUCUGAUGGCAACUUUCCGGUUGAAUCAGAGUUGCCUGAUGUCAUUUUCUACUACAGGUCUAGAGAAACUACACAAGCAUGCAAAAAUGGAAGAUCAUCCUCCAUUCGCCUGCGAUGUGAUCCAAGUGUAACAGUGAAAAACUAUAUUUCUCUGCCAAGUAACUGCUCAGAGGGCACCUGUGACGGCUGCUCUUUCCACUUCCUGUGGCGCUCACAGCAGGCCUGUCCUCUCUGCUCAGAGAGGAACUAUAAGGAAAUCGUCAGCGCCUGCAUCCAGGGAAUUCAGAGGACGACGUAUGUCUGGCAGCAGCCUCUGAGGUGCACAGGCGGUGUAUCUCUGCCUCCUCUGAAGAUCAGUACCUGUGUGACGCUCGACUUCUGGCUCAAAUUUGGUGUCUCCAUUGGAACUGUGGCUGCCGUGUUGCUCAUUACCAUCAGCUGCUACUUCUGGAAAAGGACACGCAAGCUUCAGUAUAAGUACUCCAAGCUCAUGAUGACAGCAGGAGAUAAAGAGUGUGAGCUUCCAGCAGCCGACAGCUGUGCCAUCAUGGAGGGAGAAGAUGCAGAGGACGACCUCAUCUACCUCUCCAAAAAACCCUUCUUCAGGAAGAUCAAGUCCUUUUCCAGAGAGAGAACAUCUGAUGGCUUUGACUCUGUUCCUCUGAAAUCCUCUGCUGCACAGGAGAUUGAGAUGAGCUAGAACUUCUCACAUGUUUGGGUUGCCGUAAUUCAUUUAGCAGAUGCUUUUAUCCAAAGUGACUUACAGGAAUACAACAAGCAAUUCAACAUAAAUGCAAAUAAAUGCAUUAAGUGCUCAUAAUAUAAAGUUUAUGGAUUAAGAUACAAGCUAGAAUUAAGUAAAUUAAGGGAAUGUGAAAGAUGAGAUGAGAUUUCUACAGUCUUCUGAAUAUUGUGAGGCAUUCAGUGCUAUGGAUGGGAUUGAGAAGAUCAUUCCACCAGCAAGAAACAGUGAGGUGAAGGAUCUGAAAAGUGUUUUGUUUUUUUAUUUAACUCAGGCUUUUCAAGGAGAUGGAGACUCACAAGUGCGAGUAGAAGUUUGCAUAUUUUCUCCCACUGGGUCUCCUUUGGAUUUAUUUGUCAAUCCAGUCUAAAACAAAACUGGCAAAUGAAGAAAUUUUUAAAAUACUUUAUGAUGAUCGUAAUAGCUUACUUUUUAUAUAAAUGCAAUGUUGGAAAUCUACAUUACAAUUGUCAUUAGACCACGUUUUAACUUUCUCUGAAAUUUCAUUUUUUCUUGAUUAAUGGAUUUAAUAUGAGUUUGAACAAACCCAUUUUUUUCCCCAGAAAAAUGAUAUUUGGUCAGAAUAAAAAUGUUAUCGUUGAACCCAAAAAUGUAUUUUAUAACGUUUCUCAAGUUAAAACAUUGGUAUUUAUAAAGUACUAAACAUCUAAAAUCAUGCCACCUUUUUUAUUCUUUUAAAAUGGAUUGUUGUUUAGUUAGUUAUGCAUCAGGCCUAUAGUAAUACCCAGAGAAAUUUUUCAUUUUCAAAUGCUCUCUUUAUAUAACAUUACAUUCGUUUCUGUCCGAAUGUGAUGCCUCAAAGCUUUCGUUUUGUAGAAUUUAUG